CCACAGGUGGCCCAGACAGAACUGUCUGAAAAAUACUUUUUGGAGAUAGUGGGAGGUGUCUUGACCCUAACAAGCCAACUGAGGGAAAACACCAGCCACGUGGUGAACUAAAACCCAUGAGAAAACUCUGGGGUGGCAGAGGAGCAUCAUGACCAUGCCAAUGGAACUUCCUCAGAAACACCUCUAGGGCUGAGGAACCAGACAUCUCCAGAAGACGUAGCCGGAGGGCAAAGAUCACAUUGGGCUGCUUCUUGGGGCUGUUGAUGGAGGUCUGAUCACAACGAGGGCACACACACCUCUGCAUGCUGUUAGCAGGAAGCCACAAGCCACCAAAGCUGACUAAGAUGAGAAGGAAGAAUCCAUCUGGGGAUGGAAUUUGUUUUUCUUAACUGGGUCCAGAACUUCUGGUUGCCUCUAGGAGGUCCUUCAACCACAUGCACCCUAGGAUCUGAAUAGCUAUGUUGAGAAGCUACUGAAGACCUGCAAGGAUGGGCCUACUGAGCAGCAAGAGGCAGGUCAGUGAGAAGGGCAAGGGCUGGAGCCCCGUGAAGGUCCGCAGCCAGAGCAGGACUCCCCCGCCCCUGCCACCCCUGGUUGUCUUCAACCACCUUGCCCCUCCGCCUCCUGACCAGGACCCAGAUGAAGAGGAACGUUUUGUGGUGGCCCUGUUUGACUAUGCCGCUGUGAAUGACAGGGACCUUCAGGUGCUGAAGGGAGAGAAACUCCAGGUCUUGAGGAGCACUGGAGACUGGUGGUUGGCCAGGUCACUCGUCACAGGAAGAGAAGGAUAUGUGCCGAGCAACUUCGUGGCCCCAGUAGAGACCCUGGAAGUAGAAAAAUGGUUCUUCAGGACCAUCAGCCGGAAGGAUGCUGAGAGGCAGUUGCUGGCUCCGAUGAACAAGGCUGGCUCCUUUCUCAUCAGAGAGAGUGAGAGCAAUAAAGGUGCCUUUUCCCUGUCCGUGAAAGAUGUCACCACCCAGGGGGAGGUGGUCAAGCACUACAAGAUCCGCUCACUGGAUGAUGGAGGCUAUUACAUCUCCCCCCGGAUCACCUUCCCGACCCUCCAGGCCCUGGUGCAGCACUAUUCAAACAAAGGGGAUGGCUUGUGUCAGAAGCUGACCGUGCCCUGUGUGAACCCGGCCCCGAAGAGCCCCUGGGCCCAAGACGAAUGGGAAAUUCCCAGGCAGUCACUCAAGUUGGUCCGGAAACUUGGGUCUGGGCAGUUUGGCGAAGUCUGGAUGGGUUAUUACAAAAAUAACAUGAAAGUGGCCAUCAAGACCCUGAAGGAGGGAACCAUGUCUCCAGAAGCUUUCCUGGGCGAGGCCAACAUGAUGAAAACCCUGCAGCAUGAGAGGCUGGUCCGUCUCUAUGCUGUGGUCACCAGAGAGCCCAUCUACAUCGUCACUGAAUACAUGGCCAGAGUUGCUCUCUUUCUUCUCCUAGGGUGCUUGCUGGAUUUUCUGAAGACUGAUGAAGGCAGCAGAUUGUCCCUUCCAAGGCUGAUUGACAUGUCAGCCCAGGUUGCAGAAGGGAUGGCUUAUAUAGAGCGUAUGAAUUCCAUCCACCGUGACCUGCGGGCAGCCAACAUCCUGGUGUCUGAGACCUUGUGCUGCAAAAUCGCUGACUUCGGCCUGGCCAGGAUCAUUGACAGUGAAUACACUGCCCAAGAGGGGGCCAAGUUCCCCAUCAAGUGGACUGCCCCGGAGGCCAUCCACUUCGGGGUGUUUACUAUCAAGGCUGAUGUGUGGUCCUUUGGAGUCUUGCUGAUGGAGAUCGUCACAUAUGGGCGUGUUCCCUACCCAGGAAUGAGCAACCCUGAGGUCAUCCGUAGCCUGGAGCACGGCUACCGAAUGCCGUGCCCAGAGACGUGUCCACCGGAACUGUACCGUGACAUCAUCACCGAGUGCUGGCGAGGACAGCCGGAGCAGCGGCCUACCUUUGAGUUCCUGCAGUCGGUGCUGGAGGACUUCUACACAGCCACAGAAGGCCAAUAUGAGCUGCAGCCCUAGCAACCAAUGGCUCUACAGGGCUCCCUGCCUGAGCCUCCUGUUGGACUCUGACUUUGGGUUAACAUGUUCACACUUAGCUCUUCUUCCAGACUAGGUGGGCUGCAGAGUCAGGGUGCAAUGGCGUGCCUGCUUCUCAAGUGAGAGAACCGGGAGACAAACAUGGCUUCGUAAUGGGGCACGGCAUCUCAAGGCACGACCUUGGUCCACCCUUCACUGGCUGUGUACCUUUGGGCAAGUUACUUAGCUGCUCUGUGUCUUUUAUUCCUUGAAUGUAAAACAAGGAAGGAUUGUGUCAGAACUUACCUCCAGUUGUGUUCAGACCCGGGACUGUGCCGAGAUCAGUUUGACCAGUUAGCGAUGGACAGUAUGAUGGUGGCAGGCAAUCAGAGCUCCUGUGUCUCUUACCUCGAAAGCCUCGACAGCAAGUGCCUCCCUGUCUGUUGCUCCAGAACAAUGGGCCAAGCCUCCAGGUAGCCCUGGCUGUGUGUCAGCCCCUCCCCUCCCCUGCCUGCACACUUUGGGACUUUUCUAAAAUAAAGUCAUGAGAGUUUUACCUUU